AUGACAACGACAACGACAAACACAACCGUAAUAGUAGUAGGUGGUCCAGCCGGUACCGGUAAAACAACUCAAGGUGAAUUAAUAUCCAAACAUUUUCAAUGUCCAUUUAUAGAAGGUGAUGCAUUACAUCCACAAGAAAAUGUCGAUAAAAUGUCACAAGGUAUCCCAUUAACCGAUGAAGAUAGAUGGGGGUGGUUAAAACAAUUGAGUCAAGUAUCAAGUUCUAAAGCCCAUGAAUCAGAAAAUACCACCAAAAUAGCCGUGGUUUCAUGCUCAAUUUUGAAAAAAAAAUAUCGUGAUUUCAUUAAAGAAAAUUCUGUGGAUCCAUUGAUUAAAUUCAGAUUUGUAUUUUUAUAUACUACUUUUGAAGAAUUGAUGAGUAGAGUGGAAAAUAGAAAAGGUCAUUAUAUGAAAUCAGAUAUGGUGAAAUCACAAUAUGAUAUUAUGGAAAUUCCUCAUAAUGGUGAAUUGUUACAAAAUGGUGGUGAUGCAAUUACUGUUGAUACAAGUGGUAAAUCUCCUGAAGAAAUUUUUAAAGAAAUAAUUGUCACUGAUAAUAUUUUGUCCAAGAAUUGA